AAGGAACCAAAUUUGAAACGAGCAAGGCGGCGCGGCUAGGCCUGGAAGCCAAGAAGAGUUACUUCCUUGAUUGUGUUACAAGGGCCGCCUGGAUACUGUCACCAUAGAGGAUGCCUAUCCGUGCCCAUUGUACUAUAUGCUCGGAUUUCUUUGAUAACGAGAAGGAUGUGGCAGCUAUCCACUGUGGACACACAUUCCACUAUGUAUGUCUUCUUCAGUGGUUUAACACUGCGCCGAAUCGGACUUGUCCACAGUGCAGAAUACAGGUCAGCAAAAGACAUAUCAUCAGUAAGCUGUUCUUUGAUGUUGCCCUGGAAGAGCAGACAAUAUUGGAUGCAGAAAGCCUACAGAAUGAACUGGACAAGGUGAAAGCGCAGCUGUCCAUGAAAGAGACAGAGAAGCGGGAGUGCCAAGCCAUUAUGGACUUGCUUAGGGAGACACUGGACGUACGCAACGCCACCAUUAAGUCGCUCCAGAAAACCCUGGGUGAGACGGAGAUGCUGUGUUCCACUCUCAAGAAACAAAUGAAGUAUUUGGAGAAGCAGAAGGAAGAUACCAAGAAUGCGAAAGAAGAGGCAUGCAGGCUCAGAAACAAGCUGCAAACUAUGGAGAGAAUUGAGAUGCUGUUAAAGAGCCAACGCCCAGAAGUGGAGGAGAUGAUCCGAGAUAUAGGAGCAGGGCAGGCGGCAGUGGAACAGCUUGCAAUCUACUGUAUCUCACUGAAAAAGGAAUAUGAAAAUCUGAAGGAGGCUCAGAAGGUGUCUAGCGAUAUGACAGAGAAGCUGAAAAAGGAGCUGUUUUCUGGCAAUAACAAGCUACAGAGAACUGUAUUGGAGUUGGAGAAGACGAAGGAGGAGUUAAAAAAUACCGAAAAAGAUCUGAGGAAUGCAGACAAGGAGAUCAGGAGUUUGAAGAAGAAGAUUGAAAUCCUGCAGGAGACCCUGAAGGUGCCAUCUGUAGCCAACGAGACACUCAGCCGACUAGUGUUGGAAAGCCCUGCUCCUGUGAAAUUGCUGAAACCCAAACUCCACCAUCCUGCCUGCAGUGAUGAGAUUGAUCUGGAUGCCACAUUUGAUGUAGAGACACCUGACCACCAGCCUCACAAAUCUACCACCACCCCUGCGAAAAGACUUAAGCUAGAUAAAAAGCAGCCUCCUAUGGUGAACCUUGCCAAAAAAAUUCUGAAGGAAGCAGCAGAGAUCAAGAAAGACGACCCAGAUGAUGACCUUCUGAAAGGACUUCUGCCAGCAUUUAUUAGGAACUCUGUUCUUUCCAGGAAGCCAUCUGGUAGCAGCUCAUUGGGGUUGCACAAAAACAUAGGCACCGUGAGAAUGGGGUACGAUGGCUUAGGAGGCAGAACAAAGUUUAUACAGCCUACAAACCCAACAGAGAUCCGUCCAUUACCUGGAAAGAACAGGAAAAGGAAUGCCUCCAGGCCAGCAUACGUGAUUGCAGCUGCUUCGUCCUCUGGCUCUAACCAGGCCAAGUUGGACAGCUUCCUUCAGUAAACCUCAACAACUCAUAUGGAUACUCCUGCAUGAGUAGCCAGAAGCCUCUGGGCUCAGAAACCUCCAAAGAACCACAGUACCACAGCAGAUGCAUGGUGCCAUUCAGAGCCCUUUGCAAGGGGAUACAGCAAUUUCUUGGUUUGCAGUUCAUUCUAGAAAACCCAGGCUGAAGCAGAAUGCUGAGGCAGGACCUACUCUGAGCUGCCAGCCUUUCUGGGCAAAGGAGAGUACUGACAUGAAGCAGUCAAUCUCAAGAUGAAAGAAGUUUAAUGUGAAAGGUCAUCUGCUGUUGCUCAAGCACUGGGGGGGUUUCUGGGUGGGAGAGAGGUGCACACAGCCCAUGACUCCCUUUUUGGUUUGUUUCAUCCAGUUCUAUCUACUAAGAAAUCCAGUAACUGCUUGGGAUAGAGCAGAUAUAGAGAAGGCUAAGAGUGUAGGUGGAACAUCAGAGUCAAUGUCCUGACACCCAGUCCCCCACCACAGACUGAUCUUAGUGUGGAAAACAGCCCUGCAGCUGAGCGUUUCUGGUGUACCCUUCAAACCUGCCCUUUUCUUCCUGCAAAUUGAUGCAUAAAGAGAUUUCUGAGAUUCUUUGCUCUCUGAGUAUUGGUCCUUGCAGGUAUGAUCAAGAAGCAAAAGACGCGUGUUGAGGAGUCUGUGAUUCAAUCCCUAUAAUUCCACUGGCUCCAUGGGCAGCUGCUUCUCAUGCUAUAGUGGCAGGAGAAGCAGAUGGUGGUGAUGUUUUCUGUUGUAGAUUGCCUUCCUCCAGCAUCCAUUGUCUGUUGAUUGGUUGAGCUUUUGUCUUCCAUAGCUCUGUUUCUCCCAACGCAUACUAAACAAAGAACUUGCUCUUGGUCUUCUCCAAGGCUUUACUCACAGCAACACCAAGCUUCUGGAGGUGAUGGUACUCCAGCUGUGUUUCGGAACCAGCUUGAGCCUAAAGGUGGUAGUAUAGCAUCCAAGAUCUGUUAAACAGAAACAUCCUCGACAGCACUUUAGGGGCAGCUCCCUGUGCUGGAGGGAGGAGAGAAGGAUCUACAUUUCAAUCCCAGUUGUCCCACGUACUGGGGUAGCUUAGCAAGCCUUUUCCAACACAGAGACAUGGGCUGGAUCCAGGCUUCAUGUAAACUCCAUUGAAAGAAAGGGAUUUGCAUGGAUUAGGCCUUUUAUUUUUGGUUUUCAGUGAGAUGAGAGUAGAUGCCUGUAAUCCCAGGUUCCUUAUUUUAAGCAGUGGAGAUGCUUCUGCCAGAUAGUUGCACUUGUCUUCUCUCUUCCAUCGUGACUAGGGACCUAACCUAAUAGGAGACUUGUUUAUGCCCAAGUAGUUCCACAAGGUUGGAGUCUGACAGGCCACCCAUGUGUUACCAUCUCCAUCUCGUUCUGUUGGGUGCUUGGGUCCUGGUGUCCACCCAAAGAACAAAGCAGUACCUGAUCUACAGGCUUGAAAGUGGCUGAGGGAUUGCUGCCUGACUAUGUAUCUUCUUUUCUUCAGAUUGCUACCAAACAUGCACCAGCAGUUUUGAUUAAGGGGUGUUCUGUAAUGAGCCUGUGUAGAGUAGGGGGAGCCUUGUGGGGGUGCUUUUAUUGGGACUCAGACGUUCACAGGGUAGCACAUGGAUAAUUCCAGUCUUGGGAGGCAUUCAUUUUCCUAAAUAGAGAGAACUUCAAGUCCCUCCCAGGCUCUUACUGAGCUGGAGGCUAGUGUGAAUUUUAAAGGACUCUUGUCUAACUUUGGUUUGAAACUUGAACUUUUUUGUAGUUUUUAAUUGUUAUUAGCUCUCCCUGCCCUUCAGACUGGCUCUCUUCAGACAAAAAUGCAGGUGUUCAGUGAAAAAAAAUAAAAAGAAAACUUAUUUCUGUCUAUCCUGAGAAGGUAUUAGACAGCUGCUGACUGUUAGUGAGGUCUUUCUACCCUGCCUCUUUGGCAGUAAACUGUCUGAGCUAUCAGGUUUCCUAACUAGCCCUGGGACAAAAUUUAAGGCUCUAUUCUUGGGUUUGACUCGGAUACAAUGGAGUCAUUUCUAAAUACUGUACAUAAUAAAUUGGUACGGGGCUGGCCGGACAGAUGGAACAUGCUUAUAUGGAAACAAGAAUGUUUGUUUAAUUUGUGUCACCAGAUAGACCAAAUUUAACAGUAGCUCCCUGUAGCAAUAUCUGUUUAUAGAUGGUACAUAAUGGACACCUCUGUUUGAGGCUUUCUGAGAACUUUGUGAAAUAAAUGUGUUAAAAUACCUAUU